AUGGCAACCAGGGUUGCAGUGGUCACCGGAGGGAACAGAGGAAUCGGGCUGGAGAUCUGCAGGCAGCUCGCGAGCAAUGGCGUCCUCGUCGUCCUGACAGCCAGAGACGCGAAGAAGGGCUCGCAGGCCGUGGAGGAGCUGCAGAGCUCCGGCCUCUCCGGCGUGAUUUUCCAUCGGUUGGACGUCGCUGACCGGUCGAGCAUCACGCAGCUCGCGGAGUUCGUCAAGGCCAGGUUCGGCAAGCUCGACAUCUUGGUGAACAAUGCAGCCGUUGGUGGAACAACAAUCGAUCCUGAGAGGUUAAAACAGCUCCAAAAGCAGGAUCCUAAGGCAAAUGUACUGUAUUUACCAUGGCUGCAGGAAGAUGUAAGAACUUUUGUGGAUGGUUACAUUGGAAGUCUGCAUCAAAAUUAUGAGCUAGCCAAGGAGUGUCUGGAAAUAAACUUCAACGGCACAAAGGACGUUACAGAUUGCCUGAUCCCCCUCCUCCUGCUGUCCAAAUCAGGAAGGGUUGUGAAUGUUUCUUCACAAGUUGCACAGCUCAAGUUCAUGUCAAACGAAGGAGUCAUAAAGGUGCUAAGCGACAUCGACAACCUCUCAGAGGCGAAGCUCGAUGAGGUGAUGAGCGUUUUCCUGGCAGAUUUCAAGGACGGUAUCCUAGCGGCUCGUGGGUGGCUCCCCGUGGUGUCGGCCUACGCGGUGUCCAAGACGCUGGUGAACGCGCACUCCAGGCUGCUGGCAAGGAGGCACCCGUCGCUGGCGGUGUGCUGCGUCAACCCGGGCUUCGUGAGGACCGGCAUGAACUACGGCAUGGGCCUUGUCUCCGCCGAGGAAGGCGCCACGGCGCCCGUCGCGCUCGCGCUGCGGGACGAGCCCGCCGACUCCGGACUCAACUUUGAGCUGUUGGACGUCUGCGAGUUCUGA